UACGUAGGAAGGUCGAUUUUCACUGGCUGCAAGAGAACACGGAACCAAUGGUCGGACGGGUUGUUGAAGAGUGGUAAAGCAGAGGCGGCAGAGAGAGGGAGGCUGAGAGAUUGCUGAGAGAUUGCUGGAGAUUGGAGUUACUGAGCGGUUUGUGGUCUAGUUAUGUCUGCCAGGAGGCAAAUCGGGGACCCGGAGAUUUUAAAGAAAAGAAUUCCUCAGAAUCCAAAGUACCAGCAUGUCAGGACAAGGCUUAAUACAGGUAGCAGCAUGACCAAGUAUUUGGAACGGAUUGAAGAAAUAAAGAGAAAUUACAGAUAUAAAAAAGAUGAACUUUUCAAGAGGAUCAAGGUUACUACUUUCGCCCAGCUGGUAGUUCAAGUGGCAUCUGUGUCAGAAGAGAGCGAUGCUGAAAUUACCAGCGAGGAGCUGCGGAGGCUGGAAGAUAACAGUUCAGUCAUGUCAGAGGAAGAUAUAGAGCUUGCAACAGACCGGACCAAUGGCAAGCACAGCCCUGGCAGUGUUCCUUUAAGCCCCGUCCAGCUGAUUGAUCAUGUGGGGGGUGAGGAAUCCUUGAGCUCUGCGCGGUCCACUCUGCAGAGUGUUAUUAGUGGAGUGGGGGAAUUGGACCUGGAUAAUGAUCCCAAGAAAAAAUCUAAACCUGCACCCUCUCCAAGCUCAGCGCCUCUUGACAAACCGUACCCAGAUUGCCCAUUCCUGCUGCUGGAUGUACGUGACCGAGAUUGCUAUGAUCAGUGCCAUGUUAUCGGGGCUCAUCACUAUCCCAUUGCCAUGCUUUCCAGGACAAUGAAUCCCUUCACACAAGAAAUCCUGACUUAUAAAAAUGCACAAGGCAAAAUCAUUAUUAUUUAUGAUGAAGAUGAGAGGAUAGCCAGUCAGGCAGCUACAACCAUGUGUGAAAGAGGAUUUGAGAAUCUCUUUAUGCUUUCCGGAGGUUUGAAAGUGGUAGCACUCAAGUUCCCAGAUGGCCUUACAACUGGCACAUUCCCAAUCGCCUGCUUAACUCAGCCAGUCCAUCUGAAGUCUGCACGCAAGCAUACCACACCAAGGGAGCCUAACCUACCUGCUGAGAACAAAUGGAGAUUUUCCAGCCAAGACUUGGAAAAAAUUGAACAACAUCUGGAGAAAAUGCUCAUGCCAACAGACACUGCCAGUCGCCUCAGCCGUUUAUCCACUGGUAGAUCAGAGUCAAAAAGUUCCUACUCGAGAAACAGCCACGUUCCAUCUUCUGCCAGCUCUGUCAGCUCCCGAUCCAUCCGUAGCAUCAGUCCAUCAGGCAAACCCUGGAAAUGAAUUAUGUACAAUCUCCACAAUCUUCAGUCAUUCCCGUUCAAUCCCUGGUCUACUUGUCUAGUAGAACUUUUCUUAUUCAUACUAAAACAGUAUUGCUAACUAGACUCAAGUUCUUUGGUGAAAAGCUGAUGGAAAUAGAAUGUUUACAGGUUGUUACAAUUACUGUGUAGAAGUUUCAAUUUUAAAGUGUGGGGGGGGGGCGUUGUAUGUUUUGGUUCUUUGUGUUGCGUAAAGCAGUUUCCUAAGAGAUAUCUCUACCUAACUUGAUUGUAGAUAAAAUUUGGUUCAGAUUACUUUAAA